AUGGAGACAAUCAGAGUUCCGGAAGGGCGGCCAGAGCGUGCCGCUUCUGCCGCCUGCGUUGACGAAAGUCAAUCGUGAGUAUCAAAAUAUUCUCGUAAUCAUUUUUGAUUAUAAUUAUUUUUUUAUAAACCAGAUUUUUUCAGAAAUUCCGCAGAUUCUCCAAAUUGGGAUAUUUUCCGGUUAAGUCCGCCAAAGCCGGACCAGAUUGGGAACGGUGGGUGUACUAUAACAUUUACUUACAACCUUUAUAGGGUUCUGGCAUGACACCAGUCUCCAAAUUCUGAAGAUCUCCACCUACUUUUUACUAUUUAUUACCACUUUAUUGAGCUCGGUGACUGCCAAAACAACCUUUCUUCUUAUGACCUCAGGCAUCGGGAACGGCGGAAAGAACAUUUCCAUAUGCACCGACAAGAUCCCCGGUGGGUUUUUUGUUUUCUUAUUUCCUGGUCGAGUGGAUCUGCGCGAUCUCCUCAAAACAAACAUAUUCAUAUCUCCAUGUUGCAGAGGCCUCGGUAAACAAAGUAUUCGUUACCAAUCAGCUUGCCGUGAAAUGGGUCUGGGCCACGUUGUUGGCCGUCGCAGCUCCAGAUGUAAUAUGUUUUAUUCGCUGUUUCCAUCGCACAAUGUUCAGGAAUGUGAAACGUCCAACCCUUUUGCAAUUCUUUACAGCAAGUGUACUAUUACGUAAUGCUAAUAUCAUCUUCAGGUGUUGAUUGUGGAGAGUUUGAAUGCUUUUGGGAUGGGGACACUGGCUUUUGGAGUGUUCCCGUACAUCUCCUCGGACACCGGUAAGUUAUUACCAAGUCGUAUAUGAUGACAAUUCAGCUGCCAUGUUGAGUAACGCAGUCGCCAUGGCCCCAGCAGUCCUUUGUCUUCUCAGCCGACGAUUCGACAGGUGGUAUAUAGUGCUGAUCGUAUUCGAUGUACUGGCCAUCAGUGCUCAAAGCAGUGUCUUCUGGUUGUGGCCGGUGAGUGGCGCUUCUUCCGCGCACACUUAAUUUUUGUGUGUUUCAGGCAGCAGUGGCCGAGAUCCGGAGUCAUUGUCUGACGAUUCUGAUCUGCGUCACCUUCAUCUCCUGUGCUUGGUGGCAGAACUUUGUGUCCCAGAAGUCCUCCCUCCCCCCGAUCAAAUUGUUGGCCAACUUCAGUGCCGGCCUAUCCGAAGCUCGUUCCAAGACAUAUGUGUUGGUCUCCCUGUGGAAGGUGUUCAUCUACAUUUUUUGUAUUUUCUUUUUCCUCACUCCCAGGAUCCCUGCGGCUGAUCUCGUUCAGCCAGAUCCAUUUGGGGAGAAAUUGAUUACAAUCACUGCUGAGGACUUGAAUCAAACACAAAUCAGCGGUUUUCUGCAGAGAAUGCAUGAAUAUGAGCAACCAGGUGAGUAAAGAUAUACUUUUUAGAAAGGUUUCAGUUCCUCGUGAAACUUCGAAAAAUAAAAAUCAAGAAGAAGAUGUUAAUGAUGAAAUUGAUGUAAAGAAGAAGGACUGGAAUGAUGAAGACGAUGGGAUUGAUGCUGGGGACUAUGAAAAAGACAAUAAAAAGAAAAAGGAAGAACACAAAGCAGAAAAGAAAGAAGAAAAAGAACCGAUUAUGGAAGAAAAAGAAAAGAAAAAUAGGAUGAAGAGAGAAAAAUUGGAAGAAGAAGAGAUUAUCUCGGCCUAUAAUGUAAGACUGGUACUGAAAGCGAUGCAUUCUUUUAGAUAUACGAUGAUUUCGUGGAGCUCAACCAGUUCACGACACCCUUUGAUGCGUUGUGGAUCGCUCUUAUUCACAUCAGUUCCGUCAUUCUUUGUUAUCACAGCUCUAAAUUUGCAUGCAAGGUAAGGGGAUCUGUGUAUAUCAUCCAUGUCUUUUCAGGUGUUAAUCCAACGAAUGGGCUUCGCCCUUCCAGUGCUGCUCGUUGUUCCGGUUACCGUAACUUUUUUGACGGAUUCCUGUGAAAGAAGAGCGCAAGAUCCAUGUUAUAUGAGUAAUCUGUUCUCCAAGGAACUGUUCUGGCAAUGUGAUGUCUCCGAUACUUCUAUCUGGUCGUAUGCUUUCUGGUCGAGACCUCAGACUUAUAUCUGGCUGGGUUGGCUACUCAGUCAGAUCUGGGUUUGUAUUCAUCUCUGGAAUCCCAAACAUGAAAGGCUGGCUAAGAGUGAACGGUAAGAAAAAUAGAAUCUCUACUUGCACGGAAUGAAGUGCACUUACAAUAAGAGUUAAUAGGUUUGCACAAAGUUGUUUAGGUUGUUCGUUUUGACCUACUACAAUAACUUCUUCCUCGAUCAAUCCUUGGCCUUCAACAGACGGAGAGAUGACAAGGCCAAGAUCAAAGCAGAAUAUUUGGAUUUCGAUGAAGAGAAUCAGACAUACGAAACGAUCGGAUUGAACGGAUUAUCCAAGACUCCACCUUCGAUCUGCUCUAUUGCUUCAAGUAGAAUUGACUCGGGAUUGAUACGGUAGCGUCUUUUUAUAAAAUAUUAUUACCCUUUAAUUAUAGGAAUGUGGCGAGUUCUGCCGAUGCCAUUACCAAGAUCUAUGCAUGUGGUACCCUCUGGCACGAAAGUGCAUUAGAAAUGACAUGUUUGUUGAAGUCUCUGUUCCGGAUGGAUGAGGAUCAAGCGGCUAGGAAGAAUGCUCAGAAGUAUCUGAAAGUGGUUGACCCUGAUUAUUACGAGUUCGAGGCCCAUAUUUUGAUAGAUGAUGCCUUCGAGAUGAAUGAUUAUGGAGAGCCGAUCAUCAAUAAGUAUGUGGAAACUUUUAUAGACAAGGUCGACGAGGCGGCUUCGGCUGUCCAUCAGACCGAAAUGAAGAUCCCUCCACCCAUCAAAGUCCCCACGCCAUAUGGAGGGAGAUUAGUGUACACGUUGCCUGGCAAUAAUCGAUUAGUCGUCCAUCUGAAGGACAAGAAUAAGAUAAGACACAGAAAGAGAUGGUCCCAAGUCAUGUAUCUCUACUAUUUGCUCGCUUUCCAAUUGAUGGCCAAGUUGGAAGAUCCCCAAAGGAAGGAAGUGAUAUCUGAGAAUACUUUCAUGUUAACCUUGGAUGGAGAUGUGGACUUCAAACCAAAGUGUGUAAAUAUGUUGGUGGAUUUGAUGAAGAAGAAUCGAAAACUGGGCGCAGCUUGUGGACGAAUUCAUCCUCGAGGCUCGGGACCUUUGAUUUGGUAUCAGAAAUUCGAAUAUGCCGUAGGGCAUUGGCUUCAAAAGGCGACGGAACACAUGAUCGGAUGUGUUUUGUGCUCCCCCGGAUGCUUUUCUUUAUUUAGAGCUCAGGCUUUAAUGGAUGAUGACGUUACCAGGAAAUAUGCAAUGAAGGUGCAGUACUGUUUAAGAGAUAAUAGUUAUUCUGUAGGCCGAGGAACCGCUCCAUUAUGUGCAAUAUGAUCAAGGAGAAGAUCGAUGGCUAUGCACCCUACUAUUGCAAAGAGGAUACCGAGUUGAAUAUUGUGCUGCAUCUGAUGCUCUUACCUUUGCUCCAGAGGAAUUCUCCGAGUUCUUCAAUCAAAGGCGUCGCUGGAUUUCGUCGACAAUGGCUAAUAUCAUCGAUCUUUUAUCGGAUUAUAAGAAUGUGAUCGCUGUUAAUGAGAGUAUUUCCAUUUGGUAAGUAUUGCAUUAUAUAUAUGGCUCGGGACUUCUAAAUCUCUCCGCAAGAGUCCAUCCGAACCCUGCAAAUUUAGUACAAAGUUAAAAGUUGCGCAAUCUGACAUAACAUUGCGCAAUUUCUCUCUUUGUAAGAAUUUCUGCCUUUCUCUGUCGUCUCCUCCUUUUUUGUCAACUUUUAACUUUGGACUAAAUUUCCAGGGUUCGGAUGGACUCUUGCGGAGAGAUUUAGAAGUCCCGAGCCAUAUAUAGUUGUAAAAUCUUGUCUUGCAGGUACAUCUUCUAUCAAUUGGUCAUGCUGGUUUCGUCGAUUUUGGGCCCUGGCACGAUCUUCUUGAUGAUAGUCGGGGCUAUUUCUAUUAGUUUUAAUGUGGACAUAGCAAUUUCUUUGCUGUUAGUCACAGUCCCCGUUCUCUUAUUCUGCGUGAUGUGUUUGGUUGGGCCUGCUGAGUAUCAGGUAUGUACCAUGACUCCAAUCUAGCUACUUUAGCGUAUAAUAUAAUAUUUUGUUUGAUUAUAAUGUGAAUUGCAGAUAAUUACCGCCGAGGUCAUCUCAGCGUUCUUCGCCAUGCUGAUGACAGCGGUGAUUGUGGGAACGACCCUCCAGAUUCAGAAGGACGGGAUCAUGUCUCCACAUUCCAUCUUCCUCUUUACCGUAAUCAUCAGUUUUACGGUCUCCGCCAUUCUUCAUCCCAUGGAGAUUGGUUGCAUGCUUCCAUUUAUAUUAUAUUUCCUGGCCAUCCCUUGUAUGUACAUGUUAUUGCCCAUCUAUUCUCUGUGCAAUCUUCAUGUAGUUACUUGGGGUACCCGAGAAGAUCCCCUAAAGAAAAAAGAAGAAGAAAAUUUGAGAAAAAGAAGGAAUCGACUGGAACUGAUCGAGGCUGGAAUAGCCGGAGAAGCCUCAGGAGAAGUGUCGAUUGGAUGCGGGAAUCUGUGCAGAGUGAUGUGUUGCUUAAAACCAGACCCAAUCGAGAAUUCCCCGCAGAUUUGGAAGAUCAGUGAGAUGGUGAGGAAUGUGGACAAGAAGCUGGAUCGAUUGGAGACAAAGCAACCUUCAGAUGCUUCUUCGACUCAAGGAGGCGGCGAUAAUAUUGAGGAUGAGGAAGAUGUGGUAAGUCAUAGUGUUCAUCUAUUACGUUUUAAGAACGAAGUUGAUGACGAUUUGGAUAUGAAACGACAAAGCCAAGCAGCCAAGAGGAAUAGACGGUGGAAGGAUACAAAAAGCGAAGUCUGGAUGAAGAGCAAAAGUCUGAGGAGGUACGUUAGAAUUGCUUUAAAUGAUAUUUUUAGAUCCGAGGCUGACAGUCUGCGUCCAGAUGAGGAUCAGUUUUGGAAAGAGAUGAUUGACAAGUAUCUCCAGCCAAUUGCAAUGGACCUCAAGGCCCAAGAAAGGAUUCGAAUCGGUUUAUGUGAGCUGAGAAACAAGAGCUGUGCCUCCUUCUUCAUGGUGAAUAUCGUAUUCAUCAUUGUUGUUUUGGUUCUGCAAAUGCAAAAGGACUGCAUUCACAUAGAAUGGCCGCUUGGCCCCAAAUUUAAUCAUACUGUAAUUCCAUGUGGUUCUGACAAGAAGGAAGCUGUCUGGGUGAUGAGCCGGUUGCAGUUGGAGCCAAUUGGACUAGUCUUUCUCGUGUUUUACAUGUCGAUUCUCAUCAUACAGGUAAGUGAAUUCUGCAUUUUAAAUAAAUCUUGCAGUUCUUUGCCAUGCUUUUACAUCGCUUUGGGACUCUCGAACAUAUCAUUGCAUCGACUGAUCUGCACUGCACUAAGAAAAAAUUGGAUACUGCUGCUGCUGGAGAUGUACCAGUAGAAGAUAUUGUCGAGUUUGCCAGAGGACUCCAAGCAAUAAAACAAAGUGAAAUUGAUGAACCAGAAGAGGGAGAACCCAACGAAGAGAAGCCAAUAAGCAGAAUACAAGUGGUCAAAAGAUUAAAGUCCUCCAGAAACCCCGCAAAGAAUACGGAAACAUUGGAUGCAGUGUUCAGAAGAAGAUACGAAGCUAUCCUGAAUUCACAAAUGAAGACCGAAGGUCUCAUCGAUAAGAAAAUGAACGUCUCCACAGCUACUUUACAAGGGCGAGGACUGACUUUAAGACCUGAAACAAUCAAGGCGAUCGAAAGAAAACGGAAUACCAUUCUGAGGGGAACCAUCAAUCGAAAAUAA